AAGCUGCAGCCGUCAGGAACAUCCCACAUUCACCAUCGUGGAUUAGCAGCAGCCAGUGAUUCUUCGCGUUUAUUGGCUCCCAGACUUCAGUCAGACUUGGCAGAUUCCGUCAUGUUUGUCACUUACUUCCUACUGCUGAGCAGUCUUGGUCUUGUCAUUACAACUCAAGCUCAAAACUGCUCCAAACCUGCAGGAGGAGACAACAUGGGUUUGAAGGGCGAAGACAUUCUUUUACAAACCUUCCCAGAGGGGAAGAAAGUGACUUUUGCCUGCAAUGUUGGCUAUAUGACUGCAGGAGGAUUUUGGUCCAUUACUUGUACUGCUGGUGCCUGGACUCCUCUGACGCUGAAAUGCGAGAGGUGGAACUGUGGCAAUGCUGGAGAAGUGGACAACGGAAAUAUCGAUUACCCUGAAGGGACACAGUUUGGUGAUAAACUAGUGGUCACUUGCAACCCCGGCUUCCAUACGGUCCCCAAGAAAGGUCAAAUCCUUUGUGGAGCCAAAGGGUGGAUGGACAGGUUGCCUGAAUGUGAAGUGGUGACUUGUGAUAAGCCAACUGAGGUAGCGAAUGCUGUUUUCAGUCCAGACAAAGAAUCCUAUGACCAUAGAGAAGUUGUACAGUACAGAUGUCAAAAUGAUUAUACACUUAAUGGAUCAAGUUCAAUAUCAUGUUCAGAACAUGGAACAUUUGUUCCUGCUCCAACAUGUUUCCUGGUUCAAUGUGAGGAUCCUAAUAUAGCCAAUGGUCACCAGGUUGAUGGUUCUCGACCCCCUCAUGGAUACAGGUCUACGGUGACAUACGAGUGCAUAUCUGGGCAUGUUAUGGAAGGAGGACGCACCCUGACAUGUGGAAUAGAUAGUCAGUGGUCACCUGGACUUCCAACAUGUCAAAGGAGGAACUGUGGCUCUGCUGGAGAAGUGGACAACGGAAAUGUCGAUUACCCUGAAGGGACACAGUUUGGUGAUAAACUAGUGGUCACUUGCAACACUGGCUUCUAUAUGGUCCCCAAAGAUAAAGGUCAAAUCCUUUGUGGAGCCCAAGGAUGGAUGGACAGGUUGCCUGUAUGUGAAGUGGUGACUUGUGAUCCGCCACCUGAGGUAGUGAAUGGUGUUUUCAGUCCAGUCAAAGAAUCCUAUGACUAUAGAGAAGUUGUACAGUACAAAUGUCAAAAUGAUUAUACACUUAAUGGAUCAAGUUCAAUAUCGUGUUUAGAACAUGGAACAUUUGGUCCUGCUCCAACAUGUGUCCGGAAGAACUGUGGCUCUGCUGGAGAAGUGGAGAACGGAAAUGUCGAGUACCCUGAAGGGACACAGUUUGGUGAUAAACUAGUGGUCACUUGCAACACUGGCUUCUAUAUGGUCCCCAAAGAUAAAGGUCAAAUCCUUUGUGGAGCCCAAGGGUGGAUGGACAGGUUGCCUGAAUGUGAAGUGGUUCGAUGUGAGGAUCCUUAUAUAGCCAAUGGUCACCAGGUUGAUGGUUCUCGACCCCCUCAUGGAUACAAUUCUACGGUGACAUACGAGUGCAAAUCUGGGUAUGUUAUGGAAGGAGGACGCACCCUGAUAUGUGGAAUAGAUAGUCAGUGGUCACCUGGACUUCCAACAUGUCAAACUCAAAACUGCUCCAAACCUGCAGGAGGAGACAACAUGAGUUUGAAGGGCGAAGACAUUCUUUUACAAACAUUCCCAGAGGGGAAGAAAGUGACUUUUGCCUGCAAUGUUGGCUAUGUGACUGCAGGAGGGUCUUCGUCCAUUACUUGUAUUGCUGGCAACUGGACUACUCUGAAGCUGAAAUGCGAGAGGAGGAACUGUGGCUCUGCUGGAGAAGUGGACAACGGAAAUGUCGAUUACCCUGAAGGGACACAGUUUGGUGAUAAACUAGUGGUCACUUGCAACACCGGCUUCAAAAUGGUCCCCAACAAAGGUCAAAUCCUUUGUGGAGCCCAAGGGUGGAUGGACAGGUUGCCUGUAUGUGAAGUGGUGACUUGUGAUCCACCACCUGUGGUAGCGAAUGGUGCUUUCAGUCCAAACAAAGAAUCCUAUGACUAUAGAGAAGUUGUACAGUACAAAUGUCAAAAUGAUUAUACACUUAAUGGAUCAAGUUCAAUAUCAUGUUCAGAUGAUGGAACAUUUGGUCCUGCUCCAACAUGUGUCCUGGUUCGAUGUGAGGAUCCUAAUAUAGCCAAUGGUCACCAGGUUGAUGGUUCUCGACCUCCUCAUGGAUACAGAUCUACGGUGACAUACGGGUGCAAAUCUGGGUAUGUUAUGGAAGGAGGACGCACCCUGAUAUGUGGAAUAGAUAGUCAGUGGUCACCUGGACUUCCAAGAUGUCAAAGGAGGGACUGUGGCUCUGCUGGAGAAGUGGACAACGGAAAUGUCAGUUACCCUGAAGGGACACAGUUUGGUGAUAAACUAGUGGUCACUUGCAACACCGGCUUCAAAAUGGUCCCCAACAAAGGUCAAAUCCUUUGUGGAGCCCAAGGGUGGAUGGACAGGUUGCCUGUAUGUGAAGUGGUGACUUGUGAUCCGCCACCUAUGGUAGCGAAUGGUGCUUUCAGUCCAGUCAAAGAAUCCUAUAACUAUAGAGAAGUUGUACAGUACAAAUGUCACGAUGGUUAUACACUUAAUGGAUCAAGUUCAAUAUCCUGUUCAGAACAUGGAACAUUUGGUCCUGCUCCAACAUGUGUCCGGAGGAACUGUGGCUCUGCUGGAGAAGUGGACAACGGAAAUGUCGAUUACCCUGAAGGGACACAGUUUGGUGAUAAACUAGUGGUCACUUGUAACACCGGCUUCAAAAUGGUCCCCAACAAAGGUCAAAUCCUUUGUGGAGCCCAAGGGUGGAUGGACAGGUUGCCUGUAUGUGAAGUGGUGACUUGUGAUCCGCCAACUGAGGUAGCGAAUGGUGGUUUCAGUCCAGUCAAAGAAUCCUAUGACUAUAGAGAAGUUGUACAGUACAGAUGUCAAAGUGGUUAUACGCUUUCUGGUUCAAGUUCAAUAUCGUGUUCAGAACAAGGAACAUUUGGUCCUGCUCCAACAUGUGUCCUGGUUCAAUGUGAGGAUCCUAAUAUAGCCAAUGGUCACCAGGUUGAGGGUUCUCGACCCCCUCAUGGAUACAGAUCUACGGUGACAUACGAGUGCAAAUCUGGGUAUGUUAUGGAUGGAGGACCAACCCUGAUAUGUGGAAUAGAUGGUCAGUGGUCACCUGGACUUCCAACAUGUCAAACUCAAGACUGCUCCAAACCUGCAGGAGGAGACAACAUGAGUUUGAAGGGCGAAGACAUUCUUUUACAAACAUUCCCAGAGGGGAAGCAAGUGACUUUUGCCUGCAAUGUUGGCUAUGUGGCUGCAGGAGGGUCUCCAUCCAUUACUUGUACUGCUGGCGCCUGGACUCCUCUGAAGCUGAAAUGCGAGAGGAGGGACUGUGGCUUUGCUGGAGAUGUGGAAAACGGAAAUGUCGAUUACCCUGAAGGGACACAGUUUGGUGAUAAACUAGUGGUCACUUGCAACACCGGCUACAAUAUGGUCCCCAAAAAAGGUCAUCUGCUUUGUGGAGCCCAAGGAUGGAUGGACAGGUUGCCUGUAUGUGAAGUGGUGACUUGUGAUCCACCACCUGUGGUAGCGAAUGGUGUUUUCAGUCCAGUCAAAGAAUCCUAUGACUAUAGAGAAGUUGUACAGUACAAAUGUCAAAAUGAUUAUACACUUAAUGGAUCAAGUUCAAUAUCAUGUUCAGAACAUGGAACAUUUGAUCCAGCUCCAACAUGUGUCCUGGUUCGAUGUGAGGAUCCUAAUAUAGCCAAUGGUCACCAGGUUGACGGUUCUCAACCCCCUCAUGGAUACAAUUCUACGGUGACAUACGAGUGCAAAUCUGGGCAUGUUAUGGAAGGAGGACGCACCCUGACAUGUGGAAUAGAUAGUCAGUGGUCACCUGGACUUCCAACAUGUCAAAACAAUCAUGGACCUAAGUUGGCUAUAGGCUUGGAUGAUUGUCUUGGUGAUUGAGAUGAUUGCUUUCCACCUGUGUGUUGGAGUUGACCAGUCAGAAUUCAAGGUGGCAGUCAAUAAAAGGACUCCUGAGAAGCAGGAGCUCUCUUGCUCUGCACUUCUGGCUGGUUGCCAGUCUUCCUGUCAUUUAAGCUGUGGCUGCUUGGUUUAAAAUGUAGAGUUUUGUGAGGUGGAGGUUGAGGACCUUAGGUAAAUUGGGGUACCCUGUACAUUUUUGCACGUAGUUGAUCAUUGUAUAGAUACACCAGGCUUAGUGGUUGUUGCCGCCUGUGUAAAGUUCUCUUAAUCUUUUUGUAGAGAAGCAGGCUAGGUAUUUGGUUUGAUUUGUUUUGCUUGUAGAGCUAGUGGUGAGCUAGGCCCUGUUUUGUUAUAUUGAUUUCAUUUGUUUGGCACAACCUCCAGGUCCCAUCCUCCACCCUCCUGUUGUGAGAUAUUUCCAUGUUUGGAAUAAAAACCAAAUGUUUCACUUUUA